GAUAUUGCCGGCGCUUGGCAGAGACUUGAACAAGCUGAGAAAGGCUAUGAAGAGUGGCUGCUGAAUGAAAUACGAAGACUGGAAAGACUUGAACACUUGGCUGAGAAAUUCAGGCAGAAGGCUUCCACUCAUGAACAGUGGGCAUAUGGCAAAGAGCAGAUCUUACUUCAGAAGGAUUAUGAAUCUGCUUCUCUGACAGAAGUCCGAGCCAUGUUAAGGAAACAUGAAGCUUUUGAGAGCGAUUUGGCUGCUCACCAGGACAGGGUGGAACAGAUCGCUGCCAUUGCCCAGGAGCUGAAUGAACUGGACUACCAUGAUGCUGCAAGUGUCAAUGAUAGAUGCCAAAAGAUAUGUGACCAGUGGGACAGCCUGGGAACACUUACUCAGAAAAGGAGAGAGGCACUGGAGAGGACAGAGAAAUUGCUCGAAACAGUUGAUCAGCUUCACCUGGAGUUUGCCAAAAGAGCUGCUCCUUUCAACAACUGGAUGGAAGGUGCUAUGGAAGACCUACAGGACAUGUUUAUUGUUCAUAGCAUAGAGGAAAUUCAGAGUUUAAUCUCUGCACAUGAUCAAUUUAAAGCCACUUUGCCAGAGGCAGAUGGUGAAAGACAGGCCAUACUGUCUAUCCAGAAUGAAGUUGAAAAAGUUAUUCAGAGUUACAGCAUGAGAAUAAGCGCAAGCAAUCCUUACAGCACUGUUACUGUCGAAGAGAUUCGUAGCAAGUGGGAAAAGGUGAAGCAGCUGGUGCCUCAGAGGGAUCAAUCCUUGCAGGAGGAACUAGCCCGCCAGCAUGCCAACGAGCGCCUGCGUCGCCAGUUUGCUGCUCAGGCCAAUGUCAUUGGGCCAUGGAUCCAGACCAAGAUGGAGGAAAUUGCCCGCAGCUCUAUUGAAAUGACAGGGCCUUUGGAGGACCAGAUGAAUCAGCUGAAGCAAUAUGAGCACAAUAUCAUUAAUUAUAAACACAACAUUGACAAACUGGAAGGAGAUCAUCAGCUUAUACAAGAAGCCCUGGUGUUUGACAACAAGCACACCAACUAUACUAUGGAGCACAUCCGUGUGGGAUGGGAGCUCCUACUUACCACCAUUGCUCGAACUAUCAAUGAGGUUGAGACUCAGAUCCUCACAAGAGAUGCCAAGGGUAUCACCCAGGAACAAAUGAAUGACUUCAGAGCAUCAUUCAAUCAUUUUGACAGGAGGAAGAAUGGAUUGAUGGACCACGACGAUUUCAGAGCUUGCUUAAUUUCAAUGGGUUAUGAUCUGGGUGAAGCUGAGUUUGCCCGAAUCAUGUCUCUGGUUGACCCCAAUGGUCAAGGAACCGUCACUUUCCAGUCCUUCAUUGACUUCAUGACCAGAGAAACGGCAGACACGGACACGGCUGAGCAAGUGAUAGCUUCCUUCAGAAUCCUGGCUUCAGAUAAGCCUUACAUCCUGGCAGAUGAGUUACGUCGAGAGCUGCCUCCUGAGCAGGCUCAGUACUGCAUCAAGAGAAUGCCUCCGUACACCGGCCCAGGUUCUGUUCCUGGGGCUCUGGAUUACACCUCUUUUUCAUCGGCACUGUAUGGAGAGAGUGACCUCUGAUUCUGUAAUUGGCCGUAUUCAUGGUAGACACUAAAAAUACCCACCUUAUCGCCCAGAUUGCUUCUCAAAAGCUUUGACAAGCUGAUUUAAAAACGAGUUUUACAAAUACAGUAGGUACCGUCAGUGUAAAGUGCUAGUAACUAAAGUAACUAGUGUAUAUUAAAGUGUGCGGCACACUAGAUUUCUGCAUUGUUGGUUUUAGGUUGUCUGUCUUAUACAAUGCUAGAAAACAUAU